AUUGGAAAGUUCUACCAAGAGGUCCACACCCAAAAGUUGAGUCUGUGCAAGAAGAUAUUACAUCAGAACUCUGUCCCACAGACAUUAUACUGAGACAUUUAAGAUCAGCCAUUUCUGGAGCCUCAAAAGAAGAGAUGGAAGCAUUUCAUGGGAUGAAGAAGAAUACACCUCCACUGCUUCCUGUCCCAUCACAAUCUAGAACUUGCUCUGGUGGACUUUCCAUUGACCCUACAAUGGUUAGCCAAGGUACUAAAAGAAAACGAGAUGAUGAAUCAUCUGACUCGAAUAUAGAGCCACCACUGACAACAGAUAUGAUCAUGGAGAAUGCGAGACAAAUUCUGAAAAGAGUCACUAAAGCCUCAGAUCAAAUCGAUAAAGGCCGUAGGAAGAAGGCAACCAUAGGGAUUUUUGGAAAAUCAGGAGAAGGAAAGAGCUCUCUUUUAAGUGCAAUCUUGGGGAAAAAGGAUCUCUUUCCGUCUGGUUGUUUUGGUGCCUGUACAGCUGUUGUUACUCAGGUGGAAGCCAAUCUGAAUGACUCCAACUACACAGCAGAGAUCGAACUCUUUUCUCAAGAGGAAUGGGAGAAAGAGCUCAAAGAUCUUUUCAGAACUAUAAAAGCUGAUAGUGAGGACAGGAAUGAGGACUUGUUUGAAAUUGCUGUAGAAAAGAUCACUGCGCUGUAUGGAGUUGAUGCAGACCAGAAAACAUUAGAAGAGCUCAAGAAUGAUGAAAAAUUUGCUGAGAUUGAAACCUUUUUGUCUAUCGGUGAGAAAAUAAUCUCAAACAGUAAUCUUUCUGAAUUUACCAACGAUGUUGCAAGUUACAUACAACACAGUGAGUCAAGUUCUGGUGACUGGUACUGGCCGCUUGUGAAAAGUGUGACGAUCAAGAUACCAGACUGUCGUGAACUCCUGGAACACAUUGUGCUUCUUGAUCUUCCUGGGACUGGAGACUGCAACAAGAUUAGAGAUGACCUGUGGAAAUCUAAACUGAGAGAGUGCUCUUCUGUGUGGAUUGUAAGUGCUAUCAAUCGAGCAAUCACUGACAGAGACCCCUGGGGGAUAUUAAAGCACUGCAUUGAAGAACUGGGACCAGGAGGAAAAUGCAAAAGCAUCAACUUCAUCUGUACAAAGACUGAUGAGAUCAAUACAGGAGCGUAUAUUAGAUCUGCACGGCUUUCAAGAGACCAAAUCUCAGAAGACAAGGAUCAGAAAAAGGCAUGCAUACUUCAUAGAAAUGAUCACGCCAAGACCAGAGUCAAAGAAAAGUUUAAAAAUUCUGAAAUCAAGAAAAUAUGCAUUACUGACAAUCAGUUUCAAGUUUUUACUGUAAGUUCCAAUGCAUUCUUUGACCACAAUUUAAAUCUGGAAUCAAGUGAAACAGAAAUCCCAAAGCUGCAGGAUGAUCUGAGGAAUCUUAACAAGAGCAUUAACAGAGAACUGACCAGAGAUUAUGUCAAUAAAGCAAAGGGAGUUUUGUCCUUGAUCCAAAGCGGCCAGCUGGAUACAGACAAGAAAACGAUUGAAAUGAAAAUCAACAUCCGCAUCAAAUUUGAGAAGAACCUAAUGAAGUCACUUAUUGAACUGGACAAAUAUUUUGACAGCAUUUAUAAUGAUCUGGAGCAGCAUCUCUCAAAGGGAGUGGAAGAAUCUGUGCAAUUAUGUGUUGCUUCCACAAAGGCACUGAUAGCACCUAAUAAAGAUGGAAGGGGGUUCCAUAAAAUCCUUGGAGCGUUGUGCAAGAACUACGGAUGCUAUUGGUCAAAAAAUUGGGAUGUAGUUCUAGACCUGAACAAAAUAUUGGCCAAACAUUUGCAGAAAUGCAUUGAUGAUGAUUUCUGUCAAAUUUUUCCCGUGACUGGGAAAACAGGGAAGUCAGUGCAGGAACAGAUUGAUAAAUUUAGUAUCAUCCAGAGUGACUCUGCUUACCCCAGCUCUGACAUACUACAUUACAUUCAUAACUUCAUCAAAAUCGAGGAAACCAAACUGAAGGCAGCGCUCAACAGAGACAUUGUUGACAUGAAGAUGGACAUCUACUCAUCAAUAAAAAUAACCAUUUUGAAUCAAAUGGCUUCUUGCUAUCAGCAAGCUGCAGCUGUGACAGGAACAGGAUCCAUGAAGAUAAAGCAAGAUCUGUUAAUAUCCACAGUCGAUAAUGUAAAACUAGACAUGUUCAACAAAGCAAAAAUGGAAGUGCUAAAAAGGUUUAAUAACUUAAAGCUGGACAUAAAGAGUGCUCUUGAACAUGAACUACAGGAAGCAAUAGAACGCUCACAAUCACAAACCGGCAAAAAGACACGGAUGGAUGUCUCCAGAGAGAUUGAACAGCUGGAGAGACUUCUAGACCAACUGUCUGACUGAUGCUCAACAAACAAUAAGAAGCCCAAGAGAAACAGCACAAAUCACGAAAGAAGCAUAACAAUUGUGUAACACAUUUUCAGUCAAUGUUUUCUUUAGUUUUACAACAAAUAUUUUUUAUUAAGAUG